AUGGACUUUGGACUAUUUAACACGUGGAACGCUUUAUAUGAGGGAGGCAAGGUUCCCUGGGACGCUGAAUAUAGCGGAGGGAAGCUCCUUGAGGAAGAGGCUUACGUUCAGAACUGGGCAGAGAUUGACGCGGUAGAGCAGAUGGGGUGGGACUACGUCUGGCUCGGGGGAGGCCACUUCUCCAAGCAGGCGAGCAUGGAUCCCCAGGUUCUGAUGCUAUCCGCCGUGAUAGCGGCCCGCACCGAAAGGAUCAAAAUUGGGUCAUCCAUCCACCGGCCGGUGAUGAGACAGGCGGGUGAGACGGUGUCUGCAUCCGCGCUCCCGCACGAGAGAUAUGGGUUCGACAACCUGAUGAUGGAGGACCCCAUCCAGACCGCGGAGCAGGUCGCCAUUGUUGACCAGAUCAGCAAAGGCCGCUUCAUUUACGGCGCCGGCGGGCGCACGCGUGGCUCCGAUACGCGUCGCGAGCAGUUUUUCGAAUACCUGGAAGUUAUGAAGCAGCUUUGGACCGAGGAUCAAUUCUCCGGGUUCGAAGGCAAGUAUUACAACUACCCGGCAUUCUACGAGCCGUACCUCGCCAUCCCCAAGCCCUACCAGAAGCCCUACCCGGCCAUGCUGUUGCCAGUGGACAGCCAGGAAAGCUUCGUACCCAUGGGAGAGCAGGGCUAUCGCAUCGCCGUGGGCGCGGGCAGUUCACCCCACAACCUCCGCGGAACCACGGUACUGAUUGAGGACGUGAAGCGCUACAAGCAGGCCUGGCGGGAUGCCGGACACCCCGGCGAACCCACCACCGUGGUUCGCAUACCGACGCUGGUAGCCGACACGAAGGAAGAGGCCACGCGCGAAGUUGACGGACUGAUGAGUCUGGCCAGGCGGUAUUACUCCGGCCGGGUGGGUAUCGGGAGCACCGAUGCCGGCGCGGCGAGCCCAGAUGCGACUGAGGAAGUGAACCUGUUUGGGACACCGGAGGAAGUGGUCGACAAGAUCGAGGUUCUCCGCGAGGACUUCGGCACCGACGAGAUCAUGUUCGAGGUCAACUGGACUUCAUCGGUUCCCCGGGAUGUCGUGAUGAACACCAUGCGAAUCCUCACCGACAAAGUAAUUCCGAAGUUCAAGUAA